UAUCUGUGUUAAAUGACCCAGCAUUAUAAGUCAAUUCACCCUGAAGUGAUAUUCAGCUUAUUUCCCAAAACACCGAGACGUCUGCAUGAUUUCUGGGGAACUCGUCUAUGCUGUGUGUUUGACGAUGUCGUCCCUGAAGACGAGACCUCUCUUCCUCCUCGUCACCUUCACCGUCCUGUCUGUCGUUCCCAUGGCGGCCGAGGUGGUGAUGUCCAUAAGCGACUGUGAAGAGUUUCUUCUCCAGGAAACUCCGCCGCAAGUCCCGGGCAUUUUGGAGGCUGGGAGAAUCCUGGACCAGAACCGAUACAAACCCAUCUGCCAGACCUUCGAGAACCAGAGACGGUUUGUGACGCUCUACGACAAAAAGAACAAGAUUCCGGUGUUUUCUGCUUACAAGUACAGAGGAGGAGUCGGGAAGAGACCGUCCAACGACUGGAAGAUAGAGCCACAGCUUGAGGAAGAAGACGACAAGAACAUGAAGGCUGGGGACAAAAACAAGACCUACCAUCACCAGGCUGUGGACACCAAUUACAGACGCAAUAAAGUGUUCGACAGGGGCCAUUUAUUUCCGAGCUCUCACGCCUUCAACAGAUCUGACAAAGUGUCCACCUUCACCCUCACCAACAUCGUUCCACAGGCGGGAAAGUUCAACAAGGGAAGCUGGAGCAGAAUGGAGUCGUGCAUCAAAUGUGUGAUGGACAAACACUGCAGGAACAGUAACGGUGUCAUCGAAGGCUUCGUGGUAACGGGAGCGCAACCCAGCACCAACAACAUCCUCCGGAACAGGGUUAAUAUUCCCGCCACGCUCUGGACGGCGUUCUGCUGCUACAGCUCCAACAUGGCGGCAUGGAUAGCCAGCGCUCACUGGGGCGCCAACGUUGCACCUACGGACAAACAUCUGCAGACGAAGACUCUGGAAGAACUCCAUCAAGAACUGCGGACGCCGGAUUCUGGAUUUCAAGUGUUUCCAGGAACUCAGUGUCCCCUCCAGAGCACCGUGACUGAUCUGUACCCGGAGAUUAAACACUGCAACUGCCCCUCUCCAACAUCUGGCCCUCGUACUUCAACAUCUGGCCCUCGUACUUCAACAUCUGGCCCUCGUACUUCAACAUCUGGCCCUCGUUCGUCAACAUCUGGCCCUAGCACUUCAACAUCUGGUCCUGACACAUCAACAUCUGGCUCUCACACAUCAACAUCUGGCCAUUACAUUUCAACAUCUGGCCCUCACACAUCAACAUCUGGCCCUCACACUUCAACAUCUGGCCCUCACACGUCAACAUCUGGCCCUCACACUUCAACAUCUGGCCCUCACACAUCAACAUCUGGCUCUCACACAUCAGUCAACAUCUGGCCCUCACACAACAUCUGGCCCUCACACAUCAACAUCUGGCCCUCACACAUCAACAUCUGGCGCUCACACAUCAACAUCUGGCCCUUACACAUCAACAUCUGGCCCUCACACUUCAACAUCUGGCCCUCACACAUCAACAUCUGGCCCUCGUACCUCAACAUCUGGCCCUCACACGUCAACAUCUGGCCCUCACACAUCAACAUCUGGCCCUCACACGUCAACAUCUGGCCCUCGUUCUUCAACAUCUGGCCCUCGUACUUCAACACCUGGCCCUCGUACUUCAACAUCUGGCCCUAG